UGUGUGUACAUUCUUCAGCGGAAAACGAUGGCGAUUAUCCCGACGCUUGAAGAGCCUGCGCUCGCUGUGGAUGGAGGCGGCCGUGAAAACUAACAACACUCGCGGGGAAAAGUUGUUUGCUUUGGACGAUCGCGACCUGUCUCGGCCCCUGGACGUUUUCAGACGUAGAAAAAAGCGAGUGCAUAAGGGUUGAGACUGUAAACUGGUGUACUAUUCAAGUGUGAAAGAGCCACGUAGCUUAUAGAGAUCCAGAUCACACACACACACACACACACACAGGCCUAGUGCUUUUAAAGCCUCCACACACAUACACAUCAACCUGAAGAAGAGAAGUGAACGAGAAAAUAAGAUAUAAAAAGCGGAACGAGCUGUUGGAGCAAGCAGUGCCUCUCCUGUAGUGUGGAUGAGGGAGUCAUGGCAGACCACACCUCCCCACUGGAGUCCGGCCAGCUGCUCAGCCCAGACAUCCCAAUGCUCACCUCCCCGCCUCCACCGCCGCACCCGCCCAACAUCGUCAACGGAGACGGACCACAACAGGUAAUCUUGGUGCAGGUAAACCCAGGAGAGGCCUUCACGAUCCAGCGAGAUGAUGGUCAGUUUCAGUGUAUCACAGGUCCUGCUCAGGUUCCCAUGAUGUCCCCAAACGGUUCAGUGCCUCAAAUCUAUGUGCCUCCUGGAUACGUUCAACAGAUCAUUGAGGAGAACGGAGUAAGGCGGGUGUUGGUCUUACCUCAGACGGAGUUUCAUCCGGGGGGCCAUUCCCCGCUUCACCACCCACCCCCUCCGCCGCCCCACGCCCACCUACAGGCCUUCAUCCCCCACCCGCACAUCAUGCACCCUCCCCCUCACCUCUACUCAGGCAUGGCUGGAGGAACUGGAGAUAUGAACCCCCAGUACAUCUCCCAGUACCAUCCGGCACACACGACCAUCUACUCAGAGCAAGAUACUCACCCUCCACAUGGACGUGCGGCAUUUGCUCACAGAGAUGAAAGGGCUAGCAAAACCUACGAGCGCCUGCAGAAGAAACUGAAAGAGAGGCAGGGGGUGGGCGGAGGGGGAUGUGGAGUCCUGGCCCUCUCCAAAGACAGUCCCCCUCCAUCCCCACAGAAGAGCCGCGGGACGCCACCGUCAGGAGGAGAUCUCCAGAACGGGCUGGGGGGUAAGGGCGCAGAGGAGCAAGCACAGCCCAGCACUGCUGUCACCGCCCUGGUCAAAAGUCCAGGGAGAGGGAAGGAGACAGAAUCUGGAGAACUGGAUGAAGAAGCAAAAGCUCUUCAGGAACGAUUAAACUCCAUCUGCAAGCCAGUGGUGACAGACAUCCAGGCCAGAGGGGCCAGUUUGAGUUGGGUGGCCCCAUCAAGGACAGAAGGUGACGAUGAGCCCAAAGAGGGAGAAGAAGGCCCUGCGGAGCCCAGCUUCACGUAUGAGGUCUCCGUCUCGUACAGUGGCAAGGAUGGGAAGUACAAGAGCGCCUACAGUGGUGUGGAACUAAGUGCAACCUUACAAGACUUAAGACCAGCAACAGACUACCAUGUCAGGGUCCAGGCCAUGUGUAACUGUUUACAAGGCAUCCCUUCAGAGCCUGUGAGCUUCACCACUCUGAGCUGUGAGCCAGACAAGCCCAGCCCGCCACGCAAAGCCAGCGGCACCAAGAGCAGCCUUGUCCUGCAAUGGAAGGCUCCAUGUGACAACGGUUCCAAAAUCCAAAACUAUAUCCUUCAGUGGGAUGAGGGCAAGGGGAAGGAUGCGUUUGAACAGUGCUACUACGGCCCUCAGAAGCAGUACAGGCUCACCAAACUCUCCACAGCUUCCAGAUAUUCUUUUCGGCUGGCAGCCAAAAAUGACAUGGGGGUGAGUGAGUUCAGUGAAGGCGUCCACAUCAUGACAUCAUGCAGUGUGCCUGCCCCCCCCUUAAGCCCUGAGCUGAUUCAGUCCGGGGUCACAUGGCUCUGUGUGCGAUGGCACAGGCCAGCCGGCUCGCCCAAAGAAGACGAAAUCAGCUAUGUCCUGGAGAUGGAAGAGGAGGGCUCAGGUUAUGGGUUCCAGGCCAGUUAUGAUGGUGACGAGCUGUCACACACUGCCAGAAACCUCCACAGGAGCACCACGUACAGGUUCAGGGUUGUCGCCUAUAAUGCAGAAGGGAAAAGUAACCCCAGCGGUGUGUCUGAGUUCACCACGGCCCCUGACAGACCAGGCUGCCCCUGCAGACUCGCAGUGAAGGGAAAACCUCACCCGACCAGUUUCCGUCUGACCUGGGAUCCUCCCAAAGACAAUGGCGGUUCAGAUGUGACAAAGUAUGUGGCGGAGCUGUCUGAAGGGUUAAGUGGUUCUUCUUGGAAUCAGGUGUACAGCGGUUCGGCUAUGGAGUGUGUUUGUGAUGGUCUGAGCCCAGGAUGUUCAUACCAGGCUAGAGUCCACUGCUUCAGUGCGGGAGGCGAGAGCCCAUUGAUGGAGCCCUUGCAGGUCCAAACGCCACCUGUUCCUCCUGGUCCAUGUCAGCCACCCAGAGUUGUAGGCAAACCUAAAUCAAGAGAGGUGCAACUACGCUGGGCGCCCCCUCUGGUGGAUGGAGGUAGUGCAGUGUCUUCGUAUAGCGUGGAGAUGUUCGCUCCCCAGAUGGACGAGGGCAGGGAAGUGUACCAGGGCUCUGAACUGGACUGCACAGUGGGAAGUUUACUGCCCGGCAGGACCUACGGCUUCCGGCUCAGAGCUGCCAACAAAGCUGGAUACGGCCCUUUUUCGGAGCGGUCUGAGGUCACGACAGGUCCAGGGGCCCCUGAGGCGUGUCGGCCCCCUCAUGUCACCUGUAAAUCACCGACAUGUGCUGUGAUCAGCUGGGAGACACCUCCCUGUAAUGGAGCAGCAGUGUCAGAGUAUCGUCUGGAGUGGGGGGCGGCAGAGGGCAGUAUGCAGACGUGUUACACCGGUGCUGCACUGUCCCAUGAGAUGAGGGGUCUACUGCCAGCCACCAACUACUUCUGCAGAGUACAAGCAGUGAAUGUAGCCGGUGUGGGGCCCUUUAGCGACGCCGUGCUCUGCCAGACACCCUGCUCUGUGCCAGGGCCAGUCAGCAACGUCCACGCUCUCCGCGAGUCAGAGAUGAGAGUGGAGGGCAGCAGGACCACAGAGAGGGAUGAGGAGGACGAGGAGGGCGAAGAGGCUAGACCUCUCCUUUACUCCCCAUCCACCUGCCUGGGGCUACGCUGGGAGGCGCCGUGUGAUCAUGGAUCAGAGAUCACGUCGUACCUGAUCGAUCUGGGUGAAAGACAACCCAUCCUUACUGGGCCCGUAACCAAAUACAUCAUCCAGAACCUGCAGCCCGACACCACCUACAGGAUAAGGAUCCAGGCUCUAAAUAGUCUGGGAGCAGGACCCUGUAGCCACACCUUUAAACUGAAGACCAAGCCACUGCCACCCCUCCCUCCACGUCUGGAGUGCACCGCUUCCAGUCACCAGACCCUCAGGCUCAAGUGGGGUGAAGGCCCGGCCAAGGCCCAACCCACCGAUUCCCUACUGUACCAUCUCCAAAUGGAGGAUAAAAGUGGGAGGUUUAUAUCCUUGUAUAAAGGACCCUGUCACACUCACAAAGUGCAGAGGCUAAAUGAGUCUACCUCGUACACGUUCCGCAUCCAGGCCUUUAACGAGGCGGGCGAGGGGCCCUUCUCCACUGUUUACACCUUCACCACCCCCCGCUCCCCACCUGCACCCCUGAAAGCUCCUCGUGUGGAGCGUGUGGACGAGUCGUGUGAGGUGAGCUGGGAGACACUGCCACCUAUGAAGGGAGAUCCAGCCAUCUACUGUUUGCAAAGCAUGCAGGGAAAUUCUGAGUUCAAACAGAUCUACAAGGGCUCAGCCACUUCCUACCAGCUCCCUAACCUGAGCUCGUCCACGGAGUACCGAUUUCGCGUCUGCGCCAUCCGGCAGUGCCAGGACGCCCCCGAAAUCAUCGGGCCCUACAGCUCCACCAUCAUCCUGCUCCCACCUCGCGUCGACAGCCCCGGGGUCUCCGGCACCACGGGAUCCAAAGCAGCCGAGGCCCAGAAGCCAAAACGCAGCAUGACGGAUGAACAGUUUUCCUUCCUCAUCAUCGCCCUCUUGGCUGUGACAUCCAUCCUCAUCGCGGUCGCCAUCCAGUACUUUGUGAUCGAAUGAGCCUCGGCCCUGUGUUACAUCAUCAAAACGAGUUUGUUUGUUGAUGUUUGUUUUUCUUUCUUUCUUUUUCGUUCCGGCACCAGCGUUGAGGAGCCGCGUGAAGGGAAGGAUUGAGAAAAGGAAGUUGUAGAAUCACUUCACCCAAUCUAUUUAUCUAUCUUUCCGCUGUCCCUUCGGAGCAUGCUGUCGAAAAAACGCCGUUCCCUCCAUGGGACUCGGAGGGCGAUUUAAUGAAGGAUCAGCAGUGAAGCUUACCGCUCAUCGCAUUCUCAUCGUACCACUUCAUUUAUUUGUGUAGCUGUAGUCUUUGUUAUUUAUACGUAUAAUUUCAAUUGUAAACUGUUGAGUGUCAGUUUUGUUCAAAGCUAGCUCGGUGGUCACGCCGCUCACCGUUUUGCUAUCUUGGGCCUGGGACUCAAGGGCCAGUGACUACGCCGUCGGCGAGGGGGUACAGGCGAGCAGAAGUCUACAGGUCUACGAUU